AGUACAAAGUUUGAUAAAUCAUUACAUGAAAUCAAAGAAGAAGAGCGCGAGAUUACAUAUACGAUAUCAAUUGUCGAAGAGUACAAAGUUUAACAGAUUUUUACAUGAAAGUCAAAGAAGAACGCGAGAUAAAAAAAAAGUGCCCUCAACAAGCAGUUUGCAUGGCCUGAAGGCUACACAAAAAGAUGAAGAGUGCAAGAAAAAGAAGAGUCUGUGUGUGAAGGGAAGGGGGAAAAACGCGAG